AUGGAAUUCCGACUCGUCAUUCGAGACUUUGUUGCCUCCUGGUAUUCGCGGAUCAGCACAGACCCGUCCUUCGUUAACGAAGUGGAUAACGUGAUUCGAGAACUGCUUUUAAAUUUAGAAAAUCGGCUCCGAACCAUUGACCUUGGUGAUCUGAUAGCCGCUCGCCUCAUCCCCAUCUUCACGGCGCAUUUUAGGGAUUUCAAUGCAGCCGAAAUCUCCGUACGAGGUCGCAAGCUUAACCGCUUGGUGACGGAAUCCGAAGAGCUUGACCUCGCCAUCGCGUCAAAAUAUCGCGAUGGGAAACUUCACUCGGCCGUGUCCCUUACAUUCUCAGAUCCUAAGCUAAUCCAACAGGACUACCUAAGGUCACUCGUUGUGGCCCACGCCUCGCCUUUGCCAGCUUCGACCAGGGCCACCGUCUUCCCCAGGCUAUGCCCUGGCGAUAGCGAAAGAAAAUUCGAGAAGUUUAUUCGGGCUAUUAGGAAGACAAACAAUCUAUCAGACGCUAGGCGAUUUCGAAGUGAGGUCUCAAGCCAAUUUAAGAAGGAUUCUCUAGAAGAUAGCGAGGACCAAGUGUAUCUCCGCCGAUUGGAGAUGGGCAAGAGAAUGCUGGAUCAACGAGUUUACCACUUGGCAGUUGCAGGCCAUCAGUCGGCCUCUGUCCCCGUCCCGCCUCGUUCUACACCACCGCCAGUUGUCACCAAGCUUGAAAAUGCAACCUUAGUGAAUCUCCUGAGAGACUCUUCGGGUCUAUCAUAUUUCAUGGAAUUUAUGGACCGGCAGGGCAUGAUGACCCUCGUACAAUUUUGGCUUGUUGUUGAUGGCUUCCGCAAUCCCUUAGAAGACGAUGGCCAAGACGAUGAACAGAUGAUACCGGCCGCGUUACCAAAAUGGAGCGACUCGGAUCGCAAUGAUCUACAGCAGAUAGCCGAUACCUAUCUAAGCUUCAAGCAACCAAAUAUCCACAAGGCCCAGCCCGCCAGCAUGGCUGGCCGAAAGCCGCCGGCCAUGGAUGGCCUGUCGGUAAAUUCGACAUCAGACCUUAGGACCUCGACUUCGGACGAGGUACUUAGCAUUGACGCGCACCUAGACUCCCGGAUGGAAAUCCACACGGACUUUUCUCAGAUGAGGACGUUGAAGCAAAUCGUCCAGGCGGUUGAACAAGCGCUGAACACUAUCCUAGAAGAUGAAAGGCCCCAGACUGCAGAAGACCUUCGUGCUUCGCUCUUUGAUAGCCACGACAUGAAUCCCUUCCCUAUUUCACCUACGGCUGAAUCUUUAAAGGACUUCCCUAUCUUUGGGAGGCCGUCCCAACUAGCUAAAGAGUCUGAGAAACCAAGCCUUCAGUCACUCGGCUUGGUAACCUCGAAUUCACGUAUUGGGGUUUUUGUGGACGACGACCUCUUUGCAGAAGAAGACUCGUACCUACCUGAUCACUCCGAGGAAGCAAGCGACGUUGACGAGAAGAGCGAUGGGGAAGGCGUCCAUGAAGCCGCACCUGGUGACCUAGGUCUCGCCGAGGCAAUAACGUCACUUACGAAUGAUAUCGACAAGCUCACCACUCAAGAGGCUGUGGUAGACUCACUGACGAAAAAGGCCGAAUUGACCAACAACACAGCCGAGUUGAGGAUCUUACGCAAGUCAAAAGCCAGCCUGCAGCGUGAGCUACGGCGUAAAGAGUUGCAAAGACAACAUGUUAUUGCUCAAGGGCAUGAGCUAGCCAACAACGAUAGUAAGCGGGACAUGAUGACUCGACUAUAUGACUCAGUUGCCGACGGCGUCGAGGAUAUCUUAGGGAAUAUACCUGUCUUAGACCAACUGUCACUAGCGGGUCAAAACCUCAUCGCUGCGGCCACGAGCCAAUUACACGCUGUGCCAAUGACCAAAGCGGAAAUCGAAGCAUUCUUUUCCAACCACGGGAAUGGAAAAAUUACGGAGAUCAAACUCAUGAACGGCUUCGGUUUCAUUGAAUACGAUGAUCCGUUGGAUGCCCGCGAUGUAGUUCCUGCUUUUCAUGGUAUUGACUUCAUGGGUGAGCGUCUCACCGUCCAGUUCGCGCGUGGAAAUCGCAGCCGUGAAGGGCUCAACAGCAACGAGCGUGCACCCCCGACCACGCCGUACUCCUCACCGAAUGCAAAUCACCGGGCUCCCAACCGACACUAG